CAUCCGUUGACCGAUAAGCACCCGUAUCCUUCCUGUGGCGCAAAGUUGUGUUUUGUUAUCGUUGUCCGCCAGCAAGCAAGCAAGCAAGCAACAGUUGAUAACCGAGUGUGACAGAAUGUUCAAGUUACAGGUGCUGUGUGCCGUUGUUCUCGUGGCUUGCUUGAACUGGAGCGAAGCGCUGCCAGUCAAGGAACAGGAAGUUGAGGAUUUAAUCUAUAAAUUGCAGCAGCUAAAACAGCUGAACGAUGAGCACCCUACCGGAGAAUCAUCUUUUGAUAAAGGAGGUGGAGAAAAAGAAAGAAGUCACCUAGCAACGGCACGCUCCUCCUUCGGAACACCGAAAACCAAACGUUCACUGAACAACUCCGACCGCCGGACGCUCCUGUACCAGUACUACGCCCGCGGGUUAGCCCCGAUGUACGACAAGCGCAACUUCGAUGAAAUCGACCGUUACUCCAAGUUCAGCGGUAACCAGGCCUACAAACGCAAUUUUGAUGAAAUCGACCGAUGGGCUAAUUUCAACUCCCGCCUCAGCAACGACCCCCGGCGGAUCGAUUACGUGAAGCGCAACACGGGCAACUUUGACGAGAUCGACCGGUACGCUGUAUUGAAGAAGCACGACUCUAGCCAGCUAGCGGACGAAAUGGGCAUUAUAAAUGAGUACUCCCAGUGAGGUGGCAUGGACUAGGAAUGGUAACGGGAAACGAUCGGUAACUUUCCAACAGUUUAAUUAGUGAAAAUUUAAUCGAAAAAGUAUUCGACGCGAUUGGAGCUUGAAUUGUCGCAGAAUUACAAUCAAUUAUUUGGAUGUGGGGAAGAGUUAAGGUUUGCUGGUAUAAGAAAGAUAAACGAAUGGCAGGUGAACUUGUGAUUUUUCGCUCAGUAUUUUAACAAAAAUUGGAAGUAUUUUGAAUAUUUAGUUGUUAAACAAAUUAUCAAUCAAUAUAAAGAAGUUUAUAAUAGCACCUUGCAUUGCUAUGAAUGGAGAACUGUAUCGACAUUGUAAUUAGUAAAUAUAUUUGCCAAUAAUAG